GCGACUGCUACAGGGCCCAUGGACCCAGUCGCUAGCGGACACCAUGAGAUUUCAGUAGCAGUGACAUCCCACAUCCAACAAGUGUCCAGUGCUACACCACACAGUAUCUGAUCACUGCCACGUGUACGUAGAUACGUCGUGGAUCCCUCCACUUAUGCCGCCCUGGUUCCUGUGAACAUGUGCGGUGGUACUGUGUUAAAACCGACCGCGCCCUUUGACCGCCAUUAUGGCCCACAAUGAAGAGGAAGUAGCAGCUGUUUUCCCUCAUCAGGAAGCCAUGUCUGGAAAUGCCAGUGCCCCGAACGGGGAUGACACUGACCUUCAAGAGCAGGUUUCCCCUGUGACGCUUAGCGCCGAUUGGAGCCGAGUGGCACGUCUGCUUCUGAUCGCUAGCCUGGCCGUGAUCGGCAGUGUCGGCAAUAUUUUUAUGAUCAGUUCAGUAAUGAUCGAGGACCAUCUUAAGAAACGAGGAAAUGCAUUCAUUGUAAAUGUGGCACUGGCAGAUCUGCUCAUCACAGGAUUAGUGUUCCCAGCAUCUACAGUAGUGCUGCUUGCUGGCUUGAAGGACACUCCUGGUGUAUGCAACUUCCAGUGGUUCCUGGCUAUCUUGUGCUGCCUCGUUACACUCAUGACAUUGGCUGCUACAGCUGCUGAAAAUUAUGCACGUCUCUGCCUGUCACAGGAUUGCUAUGCAAUGCUCACUUCCACAAGAAUCACAGUUGCUGUUCUCUCAAUCUGGCUGCUCAGCGGGUUAACUGUCACCUUACAAUUUGUGUACAAUGUAGGACCUGGUUAUUGCAUCCGGCGUCGACUCACAGGAGAUGUUUUACCUUACUAUGUCAUUGUGGGUGCCUUCUUUGUGUUCCUGCCUGCUUCCCUUACAUUUGCUUGCUACCUUCGCAUUACUCUCCGCAUCCGAGUGGCCAAGUCACGGCCCAGCUUCAAACCGCCCAUGUCAUUUAGUUGGGACUAUGCUCUCAUGAAGACAAACCUCUACAGCUUUAUGCUGUUUGUGGUAUUUUGGCUCCCAUUUGGCAUUACAUUAAGUGUAGGAUCUGUGCAUACCAUUCCAAGCAGACUGUUCUACAACUUGGCAUGGUUUGCACUCAGUAAGUCCUGUAUCAACAAUUUUUUGUACUGUCUAACUAACCGUCACUUCCGAAAUGCAUAUGUUAAUUUGUUCCAUUACUGUUGUUGCAAGACAACAGUGUCCUUUUCAAGACGUCCCCGAGGAGCUUCAGAAGUUUCAGGGCCUGCAACGAGACCGACAGGAGAUGUACGUGUGCACAUCAUCCCUGGUUAUAACAUGUACUCCUACACAAGUCCCCAGCGUGCACGUGAGGUGUGCAAAACAGCCACUCUCAAGCGUUCUGUAGGUUCCUGUCGGCCGAGUACUAGCCGUCCAAACGGCCGUGAUGUGUAUGAGUUGUGAUGAGCCAGUUGGUGUACUAUAAAUCAGUAUGAAGGAUAUGUCAGCUAGGUUUGGACAUCCCCAGAUACAAUGCACUCAGAUGUCUGCUGUAUUUUAUGGAUAUAAAAACAGCCGAAGCAGUUAGUUAAUAUCAGAAAACCAACCCAACAUUAUUUAUAAAUAUUUAUUAAAAUGUGAUUAACACAAUACAGCAUUGAUCUAAACUAGGUUAUUCAGAACCUAACAAUUAGAAACAAUUAGGCCUUUGUCUAUAUUCUCUGAGCUUUACAAACAGAAGAUGAGUCCUCACUAUAU